AUGUCACGGGCGGUUCAUCUUCCAGUCCCCUGUCCUGUUCAGCUUGGUAGCUUGAGGAACGACUCCUUGGAAGCUCAGCUUCAUGAGUAUGUGAAACAAGGGAAUUACGUGAAAGUCAAGAAGAUCCUCAAGAAAGGAGUGUAUGUUGAUGCAGUUAAUUCCCUGGGUCAAACUGCACUUUUUGUUGCUGCAUUAUUAGGACUGACAAAAUUGGUUGAUGUUCUGGUGGCUCAUGGAUCAGAUCCAAACCAUCGCUGCUUUGAUGGGAGCACCCCUGUCCACGCAGCAGCAUUCUCUGGAAAUCAGUGGAUCCUCAGCAAAUUGCUGGAUGCAGGUGGUGACCUGCGGCUCCAUGACGAGAAGGGGCAAAACCCGCAGACCUGGGCCUUGGCGGCAGGGAAGGAACGCAGCACCCCGAUGGUGGAGUUCAUGCAGCGCUGUGCCUCACACAUGCAGGCCAUCAUCCAGGGCUUCUCUUAUGACCUCCUGAAGAAGGUGGACUCCCCGCAGCGACUCGUCUGCAGCCCACCCUGGUUUGGGGGACUUAUGCAGGGAAACUCGAAUGGCUCUCCUACCCGAUUGCUUAAAGCUGGGGUCAUUUCAGCUCAAAAUAUCUACAGCUUUGGCUUUGGGAAGUUUUAUCUCACAGGGGGGACACAGCUUGCCUAUCUAGGCUCUCUUCCCAUAAUUGGAGAAAAGGAAGUGAUUCAGGCUGAUGAUGAGCCCACUUUCUCCUUCUUCAGUGGCCCCCACAUGGUCAUGACCAACUUGGUGUGGAAUGGGAGCAGGGUCACAGUGAAGGAGCUGAAUCUUCAAGCCACCCAACAGCGCAGCAGCAGGUUGCGACUGGCAGACUUGCUAAUUGCUGAGCAGGAGCACAGCAGCAAACUGCGGCACCCCCACCUGCUACAGCUGAUGGCUGUGUGUCUGUCCCAGGACCUGGAGAAGACCCGCCUUGUGUACGAGCGCAUCACCAUCGGCACGCUCUUCAGUGUCCUCCACGAGCGACGGUCCCAGUUCCCGGUGCUGCACAUGGAGGUGAUUGUGCACUUACUGCUCCAGAUCUCGGAUGCCCUGAGAUACCUGCACUCCCGCGGCUUCAUCCACCGCUCCCUCAGCUCCUACGCUGUCCACAUUGUCUCCCCGGGGGAAGCGAGGCUCACUAACCUGGAGUAUAUGCUGGAAAGCCAGGAUGGAGGUGUACAAAGGGACCUGACUCGAGUGCCUCUCCCCAGCCAGUUGUACAACUGGGCUGCACCGGAAGUGAUCUUGCUGAAGGCAGCCACAGUGAAGUCUGACAUCUACAGCUUCUCUAUGAUCGUGCAGGAGAUGUUAACAGACAACAUACCCUGGAAUGGUAUAGAUGGUUCAGUUAUUAAAGAAGCCAUAGUCUUAGGAAAUUAUUUAGAAGCGGAUGUCAGACUUCCAAAACCUUACUAUGAUAUUGUUAAGUCAGGCAUCCAGAUCAAGCAGAAAGACCGAACUAUGAACCUUCAAGAUAUCCGGUAUAUUCUGAAGAAUGACUUACAGGAAUUUAUUGCUGUCCAGAGAACUCAGCCACCCGAGAGCCCCAGGGUGCAGAGAUGUGAACCUCAUCCUGACAGCAGCUUCUAUUUAGGACUGACUUCAGAGCAGCCAAAGGAAACCCUCAACUUGGAAAUCAAAGAAAUAAAGGAAAUGGGCGGUCAGCCUCAUUCACCAAGGAGUCACUCUUCUCCCACUGAGCAAGCCACUCCAGAUCCUUUGACCCCGGAUCCAAGUCUGACAGCCCAGGAAACUCCGCAUCAGCCUAGCCCUCCCCCUGCCUCCUCGGUGGCUGAGGAGGCCCAGAGCCACAGCCCCAGUCGGCCAAGCCUCUGUAGCUUCGAAAUGAACGAAUUCUACUCAGGCAGCUUGGACCUGGGAGAUGACCAAGAAGAUACAGGAGCCACUUCGUCUCCGGACAGGGAGAGACCAAACCAGGCAGAUGAGCUACAGUCCAUGGAGGAAGAGCUAGACAAGAUGGAGAGCGAGGCAUGCAGCUUCUGUUCCAAGAGCUCUUCGGAAACUGACUCUGAGCUCUCCUCUGGGGACUGGGACUGGCAAAAUGAUUCUCUUAGUUCACUCAGCCUCCCUGAGCCAACCAGAGAGGCCCAAGGCACUGUGAGCAACAGGUCCAUGACCGAAGAGUAUAUCAGUAAGUGUGUGCUGAAUCUAAAGAUUUCUCAGACGUUGAUGCACCAGAAUGCGGAGAUGCUGAGGAGUGUUGAGCAGAAAAUAGUUGAGGUGGAGAUGGCGCAUAGGGAGCUGGAGGAGCGCAGACUGCUGUCGGAGGCCUCGCGGAAGCUGUCCAAUGUCCUCAGUUUACCCAAAGCCGUGGGCCCUCCAUCUCUGAUUUACAUCCCUCCCAUCAUGCAGCUGCCUGGGAGCCAGCAGACAGACACCAGGGGCAACUGCCCAAGCCUGGCAAGGUCUCUCAGAACCCUCCCCGCUCUUGGUAGUCCUGGGAAGGAUAACACGGGUGAGCAAUUUGAGCAUGCUCAAGAAGCCAGGGUCAAUCUGGGAAGAAGCCAGGACCAGAACACUAGUAGCCAAGGAGGGAUGAAACAGUCCAAUACCCAUGCCAAAGUCACACCACUAAAUAGCAUACCCUUGAUCUUGUCGAGCCUCCCGCAGGGACCUCCGUGUCAGGACUCUGCCAGGGUUACUGUAGAGGCUGUGCCUUCUGAAAUCUCUACUGCAAAGUCAAGAAAUAAAGAAGAUGAUGGAAGGGUACACUUAAGAUGGAAAAUGGAAGUGGAAGCAAUAGCAGAGAAAGCAGCUACCGGGCAGCUCACAGUACCUCCUUGGCAUCCUCAGAGUUUGACCUUGGAGUGUGGGGCAGAAAGCAAGGCUGACCCGCUGCUGCAGCCUCCCACGAGGGGCCCUGAGAACAGGAAUUUGCAGCGAGUUGUAGACUACCACAGGGAACCUGAUGAACCAGGAGGAACUGGCAAGUUCAACAGAUUGAUCAACAGUGGCUGCGACCAGCAUGGCAGACAGACCGGGCCUUGCAGCUUCACCAGUAUCAGACACGUGUCCCCUGGAGAAAAUGAACAGCGAGAGCAUAGCGAAGCCUUGAAAGCAAGUUCAGAGGCAUCUGCAGUCAUUGAGAAAUCUUUCAGUGAUCAGUCCGUGCAUUCAACUUGUUCACCAGAGACUUCUGAGGAUUUAACAGAUGAAUUUUUAACUCCAGACCAUGAGUACUUUUACUCCUCAGCUGCUCGAGAAAACUUAGAUCUAGAGACCUCAAGUCCCAUAGAAGACUUGGAAGUUCAGGGUGCACUUGCUCAAUCUCAAAUCUCUGAUGAGGAAAAGUUCCACUUUGAAAAGAAUGCUGAGAUUCUGAUCAAGUCUCCCUUCCAGCUUAAACAAAGCACUGGAGGCGAACAAGAGGAAACUUUAAAGGAGCCACCAAAGGAACUGAGAGAGAAAGACAUCUCACUGACAGACAUCCAGGACCUGUCUAGUAUCACCUGUGAACAAGAUGGCUCUGUUAAGGAAGUUUUGUGCAGAACCCCCAGAAUCAGCCAUGCACCCACCAGUGUCAGCACUCCACUCAGCCCAGGGUCAGCUUCUUCAGCUGCCAGUCGGUAUAAAAACUGCCUUGAAGAUAUCACAUUUCAGGUUAAAACAGUGUCUAGCUGUUGCCGGAACAAUCAAGAAUCGGUUCAAACUUCGUCUGAUAAAUCUGCAACUGUCCGAGAGAGAGCCAAGAGUCUAGAAUCUCUCUUUCCUUCCUGUGAGACAUCCCCUUCCAGACUGGCUGCUCUGAAAAGAUCAUUUACAUAUAAUAGAACUAGCUCAUCCAGCAUUGCUAAGGCAUCUGGAACAUCACCUCAAGCCGUUCAGAGAAGGAGCCUGCCUAAAGUAGAAGCCAUUUCCCAGCAUCACAUUGAUGAAUUACCACCACCAGCUCAGGAAUUUCUUGAUGAAAUUGAGCUCUUGAAGCAACAGCAGGCCUCAUCCACAGGACUGCACACAGCACAUGAUCCAGUCAUCACUGCAAAUGAUCAAAAACAUUUAGAAGAGCAAGAAACUGAUAGUAAAAAAGAAGAUAGCAGUAUGCACUGGACCAAAGAAUCUCAGGAUCUAGGGGAGGACACAGAGAGAGCUCACUCCAGUCUUGAUGAGGACCUGGAAAGAUGGCUACAGCCACCCGAGGAGCGCAUGGAGCUGCAGGCCCUCCCCAAGGGCUCUACAAGGGAGACGAAUACCAAGGAUCAGGAAGUUGAUGGAAAGAAGAGAAAAGGAGACGAAAACAUCAAGUCAGAGAGAAGGAACUCAGAGAGCUUUCUGGGGACUUCUGAGGAAGAUGAACGAAAACCCUGUUUUUGGAAGCGACUGGGUUGGUCCGAGCCAUCCAGGAUCAUCGUUUUGGAUCAGAGUGACUUGUCAGACUGACUUGGGCUGCAGGUAGACUGCCAGCCUGCUGGAGGGGAACCCUUGUGAGCGCCUUCCUUCUUGUGUCUGCUUCAGUUGCCAUCAGGGCAGUGAGUUUGAGUCUGUAAUUCACACUUCGUUUAGCUGCCACAGUAGACAUAGUGGUUUCGCCCUGUUGACAGCACAUUUAAUUAUUUUUGUUUUAGUCAAAUUUCUGAAAAGCGAGAGAUAGUUUUGAUUGUAAAAAAUUUCUCAUGUAUCCAGAAUGGCUUUUGGUUUUGUUGAUGUAAACUGAAAACUUUAGUAAUAAUAAAGAUGUGUG